GCCAUAUUCGCGACGCUCACAACCGUCCAACGACACCGAUCUUGUGCAUCGACCCAAACCAUGGCAUCUAUGUGACUCCCAAACAUGAAUCGGGCCCCCUGCUCCCGAUUCAUGUGGUGAAAUGCAUUAGCACUCCUGCCAUUGAGUGUGAAGUUGCACUGUGCCGUAAAUUGAUGGAACUAGCCAAUGCAUCGGGAUAUCCUGGAAAGGAGUGCAUACACCUGGAGAGAAUUAAAUAUGCGGAUCUAUAUGUCCCCCCAGCAUCUGUCCAACAUAUUUCUCUCCAGGAAAUGUUGGACAAAGCGCUUAUAUCGACUGAAUGGAGCGAGUGUUGCAAGGAGUUGCAGUCAGCAGCCAGCAACCAAAACAUCCGAAGUAUCCACCCCAUUUUAUAUGGAGAGGUUGGAUUUUCGAAAAGAUGGCUGUUCUUCUCAGUCUUCACCGGCAAAAGGGACAAUUGGUGCCGCUUUGAGCGGACCAUUGUCAGCUUUGACUCUGUGGGGGGUCAGUGGCAUUGUCCGUGUAGAGGAAGUGGACAGACUCACCGCUGUGUCCACCACAUGAUGGCCAUGUGGUGGAUAUACCAAGAGUCUCCGAACCAUUUAUCUAACUGUGAUACCCAUCCAGAACAGAUAAUGAACAUGGAAACGGAGCUACUCGAAACAGAAGUGCCAUGUCCCUCAUACACUGUCAAUGAUCAAAAGGUUGCCGUUAUGACCGAGUACUUGGCCAAACACAAGAGAAUCCCCCCUCUAGCAAAUAUACCACUUGAUGUCCGCACGAAGGAGAAGCCACCCCCGAACUGCUUCAUCCCUAGUGAGAUGAUUUGCCCAUAUUGUCCAGGACCAACACCCCCAGAUUUGACGAUAAUGGAAAUAAAAACAACCCAAGCCACUGUUUAUGGCUUUUCAUACGUUCAAAAAGGUGUCUCUGUUGGCAUAAAAAAGUGCCCUGUCUGCACUAAUCUGGUCCGUUUUCAAGACUACACAGCGGGGUUUCAUAACUUCAACGACAGGGUGUUGCUGACUCUCCCGCUGUGUGCACUGCUGCUCUCUGGUUUGGCUAACAAGACAGCCUGUGGACCUGUCACCAAUGUGGCCAUAAUCCUCCCAUAGUAAUUGGUGAUGCCAACUGGAAAGUGGCUUUCGAUGUGCCAGUUGGGACAUUCAAGAGGCCAGACCUGGACACUGUGACCGACACAGACCUCAAUAUAGAUAUCAAAAAGACCUGGGCAGACCUGGACAAGGAGAUGAUUGCUGAGGGCUUCACAGCAGGAACUACCACAGUAAACCCGUACAGGCCCUUGCGUACAUACUCGGCCUUAGCACCAUGGAUGGGAAAGCACACACGGGCUGGAAACAUACUCCCAAAGACAGAAUUGAAAAAGGGUUUGAAAAAAAGGUCAGGAGAAACCAAGGCCUCCUCUAUCCAAAAGGUGGAUGAAGAUGUCUUACUUGCACUUCUCGAGUCGAAAAAGCCACAAAAGAAAGACCUGCAAGAUGCCUGUGCAGCACUUGGUGUCACGACUGAGGGUUCCAUAACUGACCUCAUCAACCGACUGGAGGAGCUGCUCAAUUUUAAAGAGAUUUACCCAAAGCUCUUUGUUAAAAUGCAAAAAACAGGAGGUGGUGUGUUGCACUUCGCAUGUACACAUGGCGUGGUGUACUAUGUGAACUUUCUGUUUUGGACAGAAUCAGCCAGAGAUCACGUCGAUGGACUUCUCAGCUUCAGCAGUUUUCCGACAAUAUACAUCUCAGAUGUGGCAGGUCAAGUCUCUCGUCACAUGAACAAUAGGACACA